AAGAUUUAGAUUCACGUCCAGCUGACAUUUACUGAGCCGUGUGUACCCAGCCCUGAGCAAGGUGAUUCCACAUAUUAUUCCUCGUUUGAAACUUACUAAUAUUUUAAGUUUAUGGAGAUGUUCUCAGCCUUGACUGUACAUCAGAAUCACCUGGGGGAACUUUUUGAGCCCAUGCCCCCAAUCUGUCUCAGAUCAAUUAAAUCAGUACGUAUUUCUAGGGAUGGGGAGUGAGCAGUGGUAUGUUUUAAAAACUUCAUAGUGCAGCUGGGGUUGAGAACCAUGGUCAUAAAUGCUUAACUUUAAAACAGUAAUGUGGACUCUUCGGGUUGGCGACUGAGGAAGAAGCCCCCCGCAACUGCUGUCCAACACACGCUAGGGCAGUGGGUCGCAAAGUGUGGUCCCUAGACCAGAGGUAGCAGGGUUGGCAGGGAACUUGUUAGAAGUGCAUAUUUUCAGGCUACACGUCAUACUACUGAAUCAAACUGAGUUGGGGCCUGGCGAUGUGUUUAAUAGUUUUCUAGGAGAGUCUAAUGCUCCUAACGUUUGAGAACCACAUUCUGGAGGUUGAAUGGUUACCAGGCCAAGAGGUCCGAUUGUCCAGACAUGGCAUCUUUCGUUUCGUUUUUAAAUACAUGUGUACAGUACUUGAUGGGUCAUUUAGUUGGAUUUGGGGGAUUAUUUUGACUUUCUUGCGAUCCCCUCCUUCAGGCUAAAUUUAGACUUCACCAAGGAGUAAGAUGUGAACCCCUGCUCCCAUUCUCCCGCAGAAGGUAGCCGCUCUGUGACAUUGCCGUGCCUCAACGUCACAACCCCGCCCCCACAUACGUUACAGUGCCCUGGGAGUUCUAGGCUGAAGCAGCUCGGCAUCCCUCAAAAGCGCAAGGGGAGGGGCAUACUUUGAGCCAGAAUGGGAGAGUGGAAAGGCUAUAUCAGUGCGGUGCUGCGGGAUCAGCGAAUCGACGAUGUGGCCAUCGUGGGUCACUCGGACAAUCGCUGCGUGUGGGCCUCUAGGCCUGGGGGCCUGUUGGCAGCCAUCUCACCGCAGGAAGUGGGUGUGCUCACAGGGCCUGACCGGAGCACCUUCCUGCAGGCGGGCCUGAGCCUGGCGGGCCGCCGCUGCUGCGUCAUCCGAGACCACCUGCUGGCAGAGGGCGACGGAGUGUUGGACGCACGCACGAAGGGGCUGGAUGGGCGCGCUGUCUGCGUGGGCCACACCCCACGCGCACUCCUUGUGCUCAUGGGCCGGCGGGGUGUGCAUGGGGGCAUCCUCAACAAGAGGGCGCAUGAGCUGAUCCGUGGGCUGCGCACUCACAGCACCUAGCAGGCAGCCAGGCAGCAGAGGAUCCAAAGUAAA